ACAAGUUUGAAACAGACAAAUCACCGUGCUUGAGGAAAACGCACUUGCUUGUAGUUUAACCUCUGCAGACGGGUUGAAUACCAGUCGCUAUGUGAUACAGAGAGGAUUGUUAUUAGGAGGAUCAUGGAAAAUUAUCUUUUUGUGAGAGUUGUGGGAAAGGGGAGCUACGGCGAGGUGAACCUGGUCAGACACAAAUCAGACCGUAAACAGUAUGUGAUCAAGAAGCUGAACCUGAGAACAUCUUCCAAGCGUGAACGGAGAUCCGCGGAACAGGAAGCCCAGCUCCUCUCACAGCUCAAGCACCCUAAUAUUGUUACGUACCGGGAAUCAUGGGAAGGCGAGGACUGUCAGCUCUAUAUAGUGAUGGGUUUUUGUGAGGGAGGAGAUCUAUACCACAGACUCAAACAGCAGAAGGGAGAACUGCUGCCGGAGAGACAGGUGGUUGAGUGGUUUGUCCAAAUCACCAUGGCUCUUCAGUAUUUACAUGAGAAGCACAUCCUUCAUCGAGACCUAAAAACACAGAACAUCUUCUUGACCAAGACCAACAUAAUCAAAGUGGGUGAUCUGGGCAUUGCACGGGUUUUAGAGAAUCAGAAUGAUAUGGCCAGCACUUUAAUCGGCACACCUUAUUACAUGAGUCCAGAGCUAUUCUCCAACAAACCUUACAACUACAAGUCAGAUGUGUGGGCAUUAGGAUGCUGUGUGUAUGAGAUGUCCACACUAAAACAUGCCUUCAAUGCAAAAGACAUGAACUCACUGGUGUAUCGGAUUGUAGAAGGGAAGCUGCCCCAGAUGCCAAUUAAGUACAACUCCCAGUUGGGAGAGCUGAUCAAAUGGAUGCUUUGUAAGAAACCAGAGGACAGGCCAGAUGUCAAACACAUCCUGCGACAGCCAUACAUCAAGCAGCAGAUCUCUGUGUUUCUGGAAGCCACAAAAGAGAAAACUGCCAAAUCACGGAAAACUGCAGUAAACAUCAAACCAAACAGCUCCGGCUCAGAUGCAUCAACCAAACCAAAUCGUGAGAGUCGGCCACAUUGUCCCAACUCUGAUUCAAGAAGUCGAGGAAAAAAGGUUGAAGGGAGCCACUUAGAUCAACAAAAACUUUGCAAUGGUGCGUUGGACAACGUAUCUCAUAACUCACACUUACCCCCCAAAUCUCCUAGUCGAGACAUCCUCAACUCAACAGGUCACUCUAUAGCAACUAUUAGCAACAUAGACACUGAAGUCCAACCACAAGACCAGGAACAGAUGAUCAAAAAAGCCAAACCAUCUUACCCAAAACCCAACAAUAACAAACCACCAUCUGUGAGCAAGAGGAGAGAAAGAGAGGAGAAAGAAGAUCCUAGUGCUCCUCAGGCACACCCUACAAAACAGGUGUUGGGUGUCGGCAAGGCAGAGGAUAAUAUGACAGCGAAUGGAUUGAUAUCACAAAGCUCAGCCGCAUCCAUAUUUUCAGACCGACCCAAGUAUCUAAACGAGAAUAAGACUCCUGAUGGUAGCAUGGAACUCAAGGACGACACUAUGAAACUACUGCAGGAGGCAGCGAUAGAUCAUGUUCUUCACAAGCCUUUUGAACUAACUCGUAAUGCUGAGACAAAAACAGUGAGCCAAAUAGCUUCAGCAGCUGUUGAUGAAAAUCAUAGCUUAAGCAUCCAGGAAGUUGCUGCUGGAAGUUCAAUGGAGGAGAGUGAGGAAAGUCUGGACUCCACAGAGAAACUACUUAAGCCUGUUCCUGUUGUUUUGAUGGAGGAACCCUAUUUAGAUUCCUCUGCAGAUCAUUCCAAAGCAGUUCUUCAGCCUUCUUCCUCUUCCUCUGAACCAUCCAUGUCACGUCAGCGCAGACAAAGAAAGAAGGACAAGUCCCUUGAUGACCAGAAUAAAACUUUUCAGGUCAAAGCAGUGCCCAGGCCUUUGCCACCUCUUCUUGAAGAUGCCCUAUCAGAGAUCAGUGGGCAAAAAGCCAAUUCUGAGAAAAACAAAUCCACCAGUCUCUCAUCCCCUACCAAGAACACAGCAGAGGAACAGAAUCGUCCACUAUCAGCCAGGGAAAGGAGAAGACUAAAACAAUUGGAGGAGAACUCAAGACAACAAGCGUGUCCGGUCAGAAGGGUGCCCUAUGAUGUCCCCUCAUUAGGCAGUAAGCAGAAAGAUCAACUAGACUGCCCAAGACCUCCCAGCACAACCAUGGAAACAAAAAAGGAGAGGAAGUCCUUAUGGAGACAUUCUGAUGAAGAUGAAUGUAGCUCCUCAACCAGCUCCACUGAGCGGUCAGAAGGAGAUUACCUAGAACGAAAGUGCGAGACCAAUGAGAUGCAAGACUUGGUGCAAAUGAUGACACAGACAUUACACAUGGAUGCCAGAGAUGUAUCCUAUGAGCCUGAUGGACCAAAAGGGCACUCUACUCCACUGCCUGAGUUCAGGUUAAACAGGAAGUACAGGGAUACUCUGAUGCUUCAUGGGAAGGCCAGAGAGGGUCAGGGAGACUUGCAGAUCAGUGACUUUCCAUUAGAUGAUAGCACAGGUCCAGCAAAGAUCAGGAGAGUGAUUGAGCACUUGCGUACAGAUGUAGUUAAAGGACUUGGCAUGAAGCUGUUGGACAGAGUCCUGGACAUCAUGCAGAAAGAAGAUGAAGACAAGAGAGAGCACCUAUUGCAGCAGCAAAUGGGAGAGGAGAAAUAUAAGUUGUAUGCAGUGAAAGUACGACAGCUACAGUUCUUUGAGGAUGUCGCGUUUAAAGAUUGAGCCACAUGCAGAUGAGGGAUCCACUUUCAAACACUU